AUGGCUACAAAUACUCGAAUUUGUUUUUUGUGUGAUAAAAAAAAUGACAAAAUAGUGCUCUUCACAAACGAUAAAUUAGUAAAAUGUCGAGAAGUGUUAAAAGUGCGAAUAAAAAAUAAGUUUAAGUACAGCGACGUGCAAUUACCAGUAGAAGUGAAUGCAACACAUGGAUACCACGCUCCGCGUUAUAGAGCAUUCACAGCGGUAGCUACAAAAUAUUUCACCCAACAAAUGUGCUCAACCGAGAGCGCCUUUUCAACGCUAUCUGCGCAGAAAAAAUCAAUCCAUAUAUUGAUGUCGCCUACAGCAUCAACAUCCGACAAUGCUUCCUGUAACAUACCUGAUUAUGGUGUUGUCUCCAUGUCACCGAUGUCGUUGAAUACUAUCGAGUUUUCUGAGAAGCCUACCGAUGCAUCAACAUCAACAAUAUCAACUGUUGACAAACAAUCCAAUGUCUCGAUCUCACAAAAAUCAGCAAUUAACCCUGAACUAUCUCACGCUUCAUCAUCAACGUCGGCUGGUACAUCACCGUCUGUUCAAACUAUUAUUUUGGAUUUAUCAAUUGAUAAUAGCGGAAAGUUAUGUAUAUUUUGCAAUAAAAAUUCAAAGAAGGUGAAUGGAGUUGUACAGAAAUUGAUAGCUGUAAGUACGGAACAGAUUGUUGGGACUUUGCAACAACGUGCCUUAGAUCUAGAUGAUCAAGAUCUGUUAAAUGGACUUCAAGACAAAAAUUUGGUAUAUCAUGUAGUCUGUGAACGAACGUACAAGUCCAAUGACAGAACUGUGACAGAAAAAGGUCAAUCCGUAACGUUCAGCCAUGAAGUCGAGCCGCGUCACUUUGAAACUUCAGUUUUAACACCACUAAUCAAGGACAAAAAAAUCAAAAUAAUUAUGAAGAACAAAAAAAAAGUCAUUGUACCCUAUGAUGGAUUUAUACUUGGGGAUGAAGAAUUUGCUAAUUUGGCUACACAAGAUUUGUUACAUAGAGCAGCAAUUAUUUUACGCGAACAAAUAUUGAGCAUUCAAAGAAAAAAGUUGCCGAAGAAGUUGUAUGCUAAAGAUUUAAUUGAUGGUGAGUGUGAUAUUCCUGAUGAGCUUGAGGAUUUUUUCCAAACGUUGCUAGCAGAUCCAGGGAAAAAGCGUCGUAAAACUGGCGCGGAUUGCUUGCGAAAAUCAAAAUCUUUUGCGGAAGACAUCAUCUAUGCAGUCCACAAUGGCAAAAUAAAGACUGCAAAGCACAUCACACUGGGAAUGACAAUAAAAAGUCUAACAAAUAGUCGCAAAGUUAUUAACAUUUUGAAUCGUUACGGACAUAUUUGCAGCUAUAAUACGCUCGAAGAAUUCGAAACGGAAGUAACUAUUAUCUCAGUUGAACGCUCCAAGAUUUGUCCUGAUGACAUUAUACUGUCUCCACAUCUAUGUACAGGUGUUGCAUUCAAUAACUUUGAUCGAUUUGUGGACACACGCACCGGAAAAGAUACUCUCCACGACACCGUGGGCAUAAUAUAUCAAAAUAUCGAUCAGCAAAAUAACGACAGCGACGUUGAAUUAGGCAUUGAGAGCGAACCAAGAUACGAAUUAGCACGAGAAAAUAUUGAAAUUGGCGAGGAAGUGAAAGCGGAACUUCAGAACUACCAAAAAAAAAUAAUUUCUAUGGAAGAUGAGGAUUCUGUUACUGCUCAAUUGCUGAAAAAAUACAAAGAUUAUGAAGAAGCCACAAUGAUCGGAGUAGACGAAUUCUCAACGACUGAAUACAUUAUUGCAGGUCUAGAUCAAGCAAGAGGCGUGGAAUUUUCAAGGGAGAUGAGCAAUAUCAAGUUUAAGGAGGCAUUAGUUAAAUUCUUGAGUAUGCAUUGGAGUAGUACAGAGGCAACACCGUUCAUUGGAAACAAAAUCAUCAAUUUAAACUUCGAUUUAUGCUAUCGAUUUGAGGUGAUCAAUGGAGAAGUGGUGAAAACAACUGAUGAUCAACUGAUAUGUGAAGGAUAUGAAGAGGCUGACACCAAAAUUGUGUACCACAUCUGCAAGCUAGAUACGGGCUCUCGGAUACUUAUAAAAGCCAAUGACACUGACAUCCUCAUAAUCAUGCUGGGCAACAUGAAACACAUUAAAGACGAACACGUCGAAGAUCCGACAAAGGAAAUAGAAGACGAUAAGGAAAUUCACCGCGAUUCAGAUGGCGAUGAAGAUGACGAAGAAGAUGAGAUCAUAAAUGCUGAUGAAUCCAGUGAUUUUUGAGUCAAAUACUUCAGGAUAAAAAAUUAAUUUUUUCUCUUUUCCAAUAAAUUAUUAAAUAUUGGUAAUACAGC